AUGGCGCCAAAUUGUGGAUAUCUUUCUCAUAAUAAUCUCAAUGGUUCAAUACCCCCUGAAAUUGGGAAACUCUCCUCCAUUUCAAUUUCCUUGAACUUAGCUUACAAUGUAUUGAUUAGUGCUCUUCCAUCAAAAGUUGGGUCAUUGAAAAAUCUUGAAAAGCUGGAUGUGUCCAAUAAUAGAUUAUUAGGAUCUAAUCCGAACUCUCUAAGAAAUUGUUUGAGUGUAGAAUCGCUUCAUUUGGAAGAGCUUUUGAAAGCUACUGAUGGAUUCUCAGAGGACAAGCUAAUUGGAGUUGGGAACUAUGGUUCUGUUUACAAAGAAAUUCUUGAUCAGGUUCAGACAAUAGUGGCAGUGAAAGUACUCAAUCUCCAACUCAGCGGAGCUUCUAAAAGUUUUAUGUCAGAAUGCAAAGCACUAAGAACCAUAAGACAUAGAAAUCUCUUGAAAAUUUUGAGCACUUGUUCUAGUGUGGAUUUCCAAGGUAAUGAAUUUAAGGCUUUGGUAUAUAAGUUUAUGGCCAAUAGAAGCUUAGAGAAAUGGUUGCAUAAUGAUGGAAUCGAAAAUAAUGGACAAGAAGAAGAAUCCAGAAAUCUAAAGUUGAUUCAAAGGCUAAACAUUGCUAUAGAUGUUGCUUCUGCAAUUGAUUAUCUUCACUGUCAUUGUGACUCAACAAUUAUUCAUGGUGAUCUAAAGUCGAGUAAUGUUCUUUUGGAUGACGAGAUGAUCGCUCAUGUUGGAGACUUUGGGUUAGCCAAAAUUAUCUCCACUAUUUAA